ACAUUACAUCACGGUAGGUUCAAAGGUAAACAAACCGCAUUUUGUGAGUUUCUGUUCGCUAGUCAAGUUUAAAGCAAAAAUUAAGCGGGUUUCAAUAAAUGUUGGAUAUAUAAGUUAAAGUUCAGCAUGUUUACCGCGAUAAGAGCACAAAGUUUGCCGGCGAUUGCCCCACUCGUUCGCCGGUACUGCGUUCCGGUUGUGAACAUUUUCGACAGAAAGGUGAAACGACUUCAGCGCGAGCGAGCCGCCAAAAGCGAUGACGUCGCACUGUACGACUACAUCAAGGAGGAGGUCGGUUACCGGCUUUCGGAUCGGAUCUUCGACGUGAAGCGCGUGUUCAAGAAUGCCGUUGAUUUGGGCGCCGGCCGGGGCUACGUGACGAACCACGUGCUCGGGGAGACGGUCGAGCAGCUGACGGCGGUGGACCUGAGCCCGACGAUGCUUGCGCAGAUCAAGGGAACGCCCGGGUUGGACUUCCGGGUGCGCGAGAUGGACGAGGAGAAGUUUGACUUUGAGGCGGACAGUUUGGAUUUGGUGGUGUCGAGUUUGAGUCUGCACUGGAUCAACGACCUGCCGGCGUGCUUCCGGGCGGUCAAUCGUGCGUUGAGGCCGGAUGGCGUGUUCAUCGGGGCGAUGUUCGGCGGGGAGACGCUGUACGAGCUGCGAUCGUCGCUGCAACUUGCUGAGGUCGAGCGGAGGGGUGGAAUUUCGCCGCAUUUGUCGCCGUUCACGCAGAUUCGGGACGUCGGGAUGUUGCUGAACCGGGCGAACUUUAACAUGCUGACGAUUGACACGGACGAGAUCGUGGUUGGGUUUCCGUCGAUGUUUGAGCUGAUGUGGGAUUUGAAGGGGAUGGCCGAAAGUAAUGCUGCGUUCAACAGAGCGUUGCACAUUAGCCGAGAGACAAUGAUGGCCGCGGCCGCGAUUUACAAAGACAUGUACUCGAAGGAGGACGGAGUGACGGCCACGUUUCAGGUCAUCUACUUUGUGGGGUGGAAGCCGUGCGCGAGUCAACCGAAACCGUUGGAACGUGGCUCGGCAAACGUUUCGUUGAAGGACCUCGGGAAGAUCAUGGACCCGAAGAAUGUGAACAAAAAGUGAGCGUCGCGUUGGUCUGUUAUUACAAACUUUAUUGGAUACUGUUUGUAGGUACGUUUUAUAGACAUUAUUACGAGAAAAGGAACAAUCCUGCGGUCGGAAAUGAAAAGUAAUUCUGAAUAAACGUAAAUCCGCUGAGCGCGUACAAAAUCGUGGAUCGAA